GCUCAUGACCUAGUUUCAGUAGAAAACGAGUAGUUUCAAAUCAAAACAGCUAUAAUAGUUUGUUUUGAUUUUUUAUGCGUUAAUUCCUAUCAAAUUUCCGAUAAGAAUCCAGUAGGUUUCACUUUCAUUGUUUCAGUAGUUUGAUAAUGUAGCUGUAUUUACGAUUAUUUGCCGAUUAAGGAACCGAAACAAAGUUCUGUGACUUGAAAUUAACUUAGCAGACAAGACAUGACCGAGGAGAUGUUCUACCGGCGCCAAGUGUCGCGGCAGCACCUGGAGGUGCUGGCUCAGUACAUGGAGCGCUACCCGCCGCUGGCGCUGGCCAGUGCGCGCUCCCGGGAGGGGCACAUACAGUCCAAGAGGAUGUGGGAGAAGAUCGCCCGGACCCUGAAUAGGAUUGAUGAGAAUGUUACGAAGAGUGGCAAGUGUUGGGCUAGGUACUGGAUCGAUCUCAAAUUCAAGAUCAGGAGGAAGUAUGCCGUUAUACAGAAAUGUCUGGCGGAGGGCACCCACUGCGCAGUCCACCUGAACCCUCUGGAGGAGAGGAUCAUCAAGAUCCUCACGGACGAGGAGGGGAACCUGCUGCCCACUGCCUCGGUAUACCAUCAGAUGAAGAGCUACCACCCUUUGCAUUACCCAUUGAAAGGAGCGGCGAAAACCAACGGUCUGGACAUCAAAGAGAAAAACACAAAAAUAGACGACAGCGGGGGCCUCGACAUACCCGACGACCAAUCACAGGACGACUACCUAGUGACGUCAUCCCCCGUCACUGAACACAUAGACUUACCCCCCUCGGACAUCAAACCCAACAUAAGUUUAAUGAAACAGGACACAGACCCGAUCCUAAUCACAGAAGAGAAGAAAUCAGUAGAAGAAUUGAGAAGGGAGUUAGUGGAGUUUGAGUUAAAAAAGCAGAAAGAGUUGUUUGAGAUGGAGAAAAAGUUUAAGAAAGAGAAACAUGAGAUGGAGAUGUCUAUUCUGAGGUUGAAGAAGCAGUUGAUGGUCAAAGAGUUGAAGAAGUUAUAACAGUAAAUGUUUUUAAACUGGAACAAGUUUUGUGAAGUCUUUUGCGCAAUGUAAAGACUGUUUGCGCAUUAAAUAAAAGUGCUUUGCGCUAAAAGGGAUAGCUGAAGGAUGUUUGCGCAAGAAAAAGGAUUUUUUUUAAGGGGGGAACAUCAUGCAGUCGAUUCAGUCGCUUUGGGCGAGGCGAGAGGGAGUGUCAGAUUCUUACUGACGAAAAAC